AUGAUUCUCCUUGACUAUGGCCUGAAGCCGCAGCUCUGGCUGCAGGCAUCAGGGGACAAGGAAGGUCGGCGGACUUCCUCUGCUGCGCUUUUGACAACUUGGACACAUUGGCUUUCUUUCAGAUCUGUAGACGCACAGUCCCGCUCCGAACGACUAGGGCCCACUUUGGAACCGUUUCCUUCUUCGGAUGGCAGUCCUAAGUCGGCCCUGGCAGCCACAACCACAGCAGCUGCCUCCACCGCCAAAGAAGCUGUGUUAUCUGCAAAGACACCAGCGCCCUACUCUGAGCAGAGCCUUCUCAUGGAGCCCUCUUCUGACAGUCGUCUUGGGGAGCCCAGCACUGGACCCAGCUUUACCCACCAGACAGGCCAUGGGAGACUUGGCUUUGAGCCUGCCUAUGUUCCCUGUAUUGCUCAGGAUCCCUGUACUACAAAUGAUCUUAGCUCUAGCCCUGGCCCUGUUCCUGGCUCCACUUCUGGUCCUGCCUCUAGGCAUAGUCUAGGCUGUGGCCAUGACCCUGAGCACAGCCCCUACACUCGUCCAAGCUUUAGGAACCCCAGGGCAGAUCUGGUCCCUCCCUGGGGUCACCACAGCCACUGGGAGCCUCAGAAACAACAACCCUGGAAAUGUUUGCAAGUCUCAGAACCUGGUGCCCGAGGGCUAUGGAAGCCCCCUGAGAUUGAAGGAAAACAUAAGGUCCCCAAUGAAACGUUGCCUCGGGGCCAGUGCCUUCUCCACAACUGGGAAGAGGAGAGAGCCACCAACCACCUGGAUCAAGUCCCAAGCAUGCAGGAUGGCUCUGAGAGUUUCUUCUUCCGACGUGGACACCAGGAACUACUGACCCUGCAGCUACAGUCCCCCAUGCCCUUCACCACCACCCAGAAAGACUCAUACCAGUCCCUGGGAAACCACCAUCAGCCAAUUCGAGGGAAGCGUGAAGCCAUGCUGGAGAUGCUCCUACGGCACCAGAUCGGUAAAGAGGUGCAGGCAGAGCAGGAACCCACAAGGAAGAACUGUGAGGUUGAGUCUGUGACACACCAUGACUACCGAAAGGAGCUGAUCCAAGUAGGGCCUCCUGCCCCAACAAAGCCUCACGACUACCGUCAGGAGCAGCCUGAAACCUUCUGGAUACAGAGGGCACCACAGCUACCGGGUGUCAGUAACAUCAAGACACUGGACAUGCCAUUCCGGAAGAACUGCAGCUUCUCAACACCAGUGCCUUUGUCUCUGGGGCAGCCUUUGCCCUAUGAACCUGAGAAUUAUUCCCACCAGUUGGGAGAAAUAUCUUCCCUUGCCUGUCAGGGAGGAGGGCCGAAGGGUGGAGGGGGUAGAACUACUCCUGUCUAAGGGUAGAGGAGGGAAGUGGGAUGUGGAAUAUGGAAUCUAUUUCUGUCUGGACUGGAGAGGUGGGGAGGAAGUGGAUUCUGUCUGUG